AUGCGUUGGGGUCUCUUUUUCCUCCUCAUCAUCUUCUUCGCCCUCCUCGCCUACAUCGGCUGGAUUAUAUUUACCCAAGUACGCGCCCGUCGAGCCGGGCUCCCUCCGCCAACGUGGAAAUCAUACAUACCAUUUACCUCCGCCUCCCCAACAUAUCGAGAUAGCAAUUUCCCCUCUCCUCGUCGCGGCGGGGUCGUCGGCUGGAUAAAGGAUCGACUCGCGUCGUUGAGAAAUCAACGCACGUAUCGUGGUGCGUAUGAGGAGCCGACAAGCGGUGGACCUGGGCCGUAUCGCGGCGCCGGGGCAGAUCACGACGAGGCGUGGGAUACCAGGGUCGGCGCAUUGGAAGAAGGUCCCUAUGGCCAAGGUCCAGGACCGUACGGGCAUUAUGACGAACAGGAGCUUGGAACGGGGCCCAGGCGAGAACCAUAUGAUAGCGCGGGCUACGAUGCUGGUCUGCCAAAGGUAGACACGGAGCCAGAGAGGGGGAGAAGUCGAAGCCGGGAGCCAGAGGGACCUCCGCGGGCAAGCCUCUGGAGAACCCGUUUGAAGACCAUAAUGCUAGUAGCCUGA